AAGAUUGACAUCCACCAGAUCCUACUGUCCAGGGCUCCAUCCAACUCAGCCUUGAGCAUCUCAGGGAUGGGGCAUCCGCAGCUCCUCUGGGCAUUCUGGGCGUUCCAGUGCCUCACUGCCCUCUGAGUAAAGAAUAUCUUCCUAAUAUCUAAUCUAAAUCCCCCCUCUUUUUGUUUAAAACCAAUCCCCCUUGUCCUAUCACUACCUGUCCAUGUAAAUUUUCAGUUUCCAUCCUUCUUAUAAGCUCCCUUUAUGUACUGGAUGGCCACUGUACAGUUUCCCUGAGCCUUCUCCGAGUUGAACAAGCCUAACUCCCUCAGUCUUUCUUCAUAGGAGAGGCGCUUCAGCACUCUGAUCAUCUUCAUGGCCCUCCUCUGAACCUCUCUAACAGUUUCAGAUCUUUCUUGUGCUUGGAGUCCCUGACCUGGUUGCUGUACUACUGAUGGGGCCCCAGAAGGGCAGAGUAGAGGGGGACAGUCACCUCCCUCACCCUAAUGGCCACCCCUCUUUUGAUGUCGUCCAGGAUACUGUUGGCCUUCCACACUGCUGGCUCAUAUCUGGCUUUUCAUCCACCAGAAUCCCCGAGUCCUUCUCUGAGCUGCUCUCUAUGGGUUCUUCUCCCAGUCUCUACACAUAUCUGUACAGACUGGAAUCUAUGUACCAAUACUAAAGCAAAAUUUAAUUAUGAUUCCAAGAAAGAUUUUUAACUUGCAGGUCUUGUUUUUCAUACAGAACUGUAUUGUGAAAAUUGUUGGUGAGGAGUUGUAGCAUCUUUUUUCUCUUAGGAAUCUACUGAUAACUUUGCCUGGCUGAUUUUUGCCUUAUAUAAUCUCUACUACCAUUGUAUUCUCAUAGUUGUUGUACUCUGACAGUUAUGAAGCUAAUGUGUAUUAAAUCUUAAAAUACUUUUUGCUGUAAAUGUGUGAGUUUACAGACUAGCUGAUACUGAGGUGACACAUGAACUCUUGGUAAAAGUUUAUCUUUGAUGACUUACUUAAAUUAGGAACCUUGCUUUUGGCAAGACAGUCUUUCACUGAUUUUUAUGAAUACAGUCCAUGAAGCACAUAAUUUACUAUAUGUACUGCUCUGUCUAUAGAAUAUGUGGCUUUACACUACCUCUAAAGCAGAAUUCAUGCUUUUAAUUUAUGAUUUUAUAACUUCCAAGCCCACUGUCUGAAUCUGCCUUUGCAGAGUCCUUUCUUUCUGGAAAUCUUACAUUUGUAUUUCCGGUUUGCAAGUAGUAAGAAACUUAGACUUGCUCUAGUUCAGUAUUAUUUCCCCUCUAUAUCUAACUGUAACUCAAGUGAAUUUUCCCAUGUUCUUUGGAAAAACAAAACAAAACAAAAACCUGACUAACACUUAAUUUCUGAGGUAUACAAAAGCAAAGUAAUGAGUAGAAAAAAUGAAAUAAUAAUUUCUGAUUACAUAAUUUUGAAGCUUAUUUUUUACGUGUCAGCAUAUAUGGAAGAGUGUGUGUCAUUCUAUUAUUUCAGUCCAGUGUAUUAAACGAAUGAGUUUAUAUCAGUUAUAUACUGUCAAACACCAUUGGGUAUUCCUAACAGUAUUAUUUAAUAUUCAGAUUUCAGAUGAUUGGCCUGGAUACAGUCUGGAUUUGUUCACUUAUCCACAGCACUACUAUGGAGAUUUGGAAUACGUGCUUAUUCCGCAUGGCAUUAUUGUUGACAGGACAGAACGACUGGCUAAGGAUAUUAUGCAAGACAUUGGAGACAAUGAUAUUGUGGUUCUCUGUGUUCUCAAAGGUGGCUACAAGUUCUGCGCUGACCUUGUGGAGCACAUCAAAAAUCUCAGCAGAAAUUCAGAAAGAUUCAUCUCCAUGAAAGUCGAUUUUGUUAGACUGAAAAGUUACCACAAUGAUCAGUCUAUGCAAGAUAUGCAGAUAAUGGGAGGAGAUGAUCUUUCAAAGCUGACUGGAAAGAAUGUUUUAAUUGUUGAGGAUAUUGUUGGGACUGGAAGGACUAUGAAGGUUCUGCUUAAUCAUAUAGAAAAAUAUAAUCCAAAAAUGAUUAAAGUGGCAAGUUUGUUGGUGAAAAGAACAUCUUGGCCUGAUGGGUACAGACCAGACUAUUAUGGAUUUGAAAUUCCAGAUUUAUUUGUGGUAGGUUAUGCCUUAGACUACAACGAGUACUUCAGAGAUCUGAACCACAUAUGUGUUAUCAAUGAUCGUGGAAAAGCAAAAUACAGAGUCUGAAGCAGUUGCACCCUCAUCAGAAGAUUUGUAAGCUCAGAGAAGAAGAAAUUUGACUGCACUCCUUCAAGCAUCUCCCAGAAGGAAGUUCAACUGACUUCUGUUUCUAUUAAUUCAGUGUAAUAAGGAAUUUACUCUUGAGGUACUGAUGAAUAUAUACAGAAGUGAGUGUUCCUAUCUAAAAUCUGAAGUAGACAUUGAAAGUUACUACAUGUUUUAAGUACUAAAAUUAUGGUAUAAUUUCUUUUUACUAAUGAUUUGUCUCAGCUCACUGUGAAUGCAUCUUGUUUGUGCAGUCCAUCAUUCCAUCCAUUACAAUUAAUGUACUUCACAUUAUGUGUUCAUAAUGUGUUGCAAAAAUUGUUCAGAAAUGUCAUGUGCAUUAAGUUUAUUAUAGAGAAUUUUAGGAACUUCAGCGUCCGUGUGAUUUUGGCUGGAUAUGCUGCUACCAAACUGAAAACAUUAUUUUUAUUUAGUUCCACGGUUCAGAAGUUUCAGCUGAAGUUGUAUGCUGUAUGACUUCAGAUAGUCCUUACUGCCUCUUCCAAAUGGAAAUUGUAACUCUCAGAAUGCACUGAAUUAGAGUGCUGGUACAAAAUGGACCUUUGCAAGACACUGUUGACCUGAGCUUGGAAGUUGUCUUGCUUCUAGUAGGUGAUGUAGCAUAGAUCUUAUCAGUUAAAUGUGCUGAAUUUUAACCAAGAGAAAACACCAGGCAGGCUUCCAUUUCUGUAUAGUAUCCUUUGACUUCUGUAGUACACAAGCAAGUGAAAAAAUUAGCAUAGUGUUCUGUGUGUAUUUUCUUAAUUAAACCUCAUCAAGCACAAAAGUUUAAUGUUAAACAAUAACUUAAUGCCAAAUUGAUUGUCAUGGCAUGUCUGACUUGAGACUUGCUGUGACUGUAUGUCUUCUUUAAGGAAUACAGAUCUGACAGUGCUGAAAGCUAGUGUCAGAAAGGAAAAAAUGUGCAGGAGAACAGGGGCAAUAAGUUAACCUGUAAAUGCUGUAGACUCUGGAGAUUCCUUCUUUCCCUCGUACAUUGUGUUGGAAGAAGUCUGUUAGUUUACAUGCUGUAUUUAGUUGAAACAUUUAGUUCUGUGCUGUAUACAGCAGUGCUCAAUAACUUCCUGAGGGAAGCAAAUGUAAGCAGCUCUGUACCAACAGCUUUACUCUGAACUGCAAGAGGUAUGUUCUUAUCAGCGUGGGUUUCUUUUAAGUUAAAACAGACACUGUAAGAACUCUUGUUACAAUGCACAGUUGUUUGUUUUCCUGCUUUAGCAUAUUUUGCAUAUCCCAAAAAGCUCUUCCAAAGCAUGCAUUUAAUUGUUAAUCUAAAUGUACCUUAUGAAUGUAUCCUGUCACUCAUAAUCUACUUCUAUUUGGAUAAAAUCCAUGAUGUUAAUGACAUGAAGUGAGAUCAAAGAAUUACUGCGAUUGCUAGAUUAAUGUUGAAGUCCUUUUUUCUUUACUCUUUUAGCCUAUAUUUUUAAAGAUUUAUGUUGAAAAGCUUUCCUUUACAGAAUAACGUUCUGCUUUAGAGAGGCCCACACCUCUGGUGAAAGGUGUUGAAAGAAGUUUCAUCUUUUUUCCUUCUAUGAGAGUAUGAAAGUUUUACUUAAUGUUUCUGUUUUCCACGGAUUCAGUAGCACUGACGUGGUGCAGGCUGACAUGCUUAAGCCUAAUGUGGGAGAUCCCUGAGACUUUGUCCUUUUAUCUUCUCAUCUCAAAAAAGUGCAGCCCAAUUCCCCUUGUGGCUAUGAUCAGCCAACAGCAACAAGAACAAAAGAAUGUAACAGGUGAAUUAGCAUGAAAUUAGUGUGAAAAUAUGUAGAUGCACUUCAUUCAGACUUCGUAAAAGUUGUUUCUUUGGAAGAUUCAGGUUGUUAAAAUCUAUGUAACCAACAAAAAAGAACUUAUAGAAAAUAUAAGAAGAAAUUGGAAUGUUUAUUCAAGUUAAACUUAUUUCCUCCUGCCAUCGUAUUUUAAACACAGUGAUAAAGCACUAUAUGAAUUUCAGUAGUGAAUUUACAUGUGCAAUUAUACUGUGAAUAAGAGGUGUUUUAUACUUCUAACAUCAUAUUUGAAUCUUGUACCCUUACAGAACAAAGCCCGUCCAGGCAGUGGGUCAUUAUGCGAAUAUGUCUCAAUAAUGUUUAGUUUUUCCAUUCUGUUCAGAUAAUUUAAAACAAACAAACAAACAAAAAACAACCCUUACUUUUUCCUAUGUCUGUUUCAUGGCUUAAUAACAGUGUUGAUUGCAUGUGUCACAGUGCUCCUGAACUGAAAGGCCACUAAGCAUUUUUUCAGUUGCAGUUGCACCCUAUGACCCACAAAGCAAUGUAUUUUUUUUGAAUCAGUUCAGUAACAUCUGUUGCUGAAGAAGAGAGGAUGUUCUUUACCAUCAGUUAUUUUUCUGGACAUUGUGUUCAUGUAUUUGGCAGGCAUCCAUUUUCGUCUCAGUUUUUCUUCUCAUGCGCUCUUAACACCAGCAUCCUUUCCCUACCUACUGAAUACAGAUGAACAGAGGCAGUUAUUUGGUUUAAAGCUGCCGUAAAUGUUUAGCAGUCUUCAGGUUUUAGAUUUCAUUCAAUUCAGUCAUGCUUGUAUCUGGUCCAGUUCCAAAAUAUCUGAAAGUAAAAGAAUUUUAAAUAACCUGACUGGUAUGUACGUAAUUAUUUCUUUUCCAAGCAUGCUGCUGCAUGCUUGUAUUUGUAGUUGAACAAAGUAGUAAAUGUGCCUGGGAUUUUUUGAUUGCUUACUAUUGGUGAUGCAUUUCCUGAACAUACUGUGUUAAUCUUAGAAGCUUUUUGUGUUUGUAAUUACAUUUCUAUGUGACAUUCAGGUGUUUGCUAAAACAAACAAACAAAUUGUGUAUGCCGUAUUCAGAACAGCUUCUGGCCUGGGAAGGAGUCAAAUCAUCGCUCUUUGCGC